AUGGCACACAGUCAGCUAUUAUUACUACAUGAGACGAAGAAGCAUAUCUUCCCGAUCCCACUAGGCAUACCCACCGGUAUGGCCACGUUUAUUCCCGACGAACAACGGCUAUCCAUGAUAGACGACAACACCGCACCACGCACGACCACAAACCAUCCUACUCCUGAGACACGUUUACCCGCGAACGACGGAAUGGGCACCAAACGCACACCCGCCAAACCGAAAGCCAGCCCAGCCGCAGCCGCUGUAGCCAAGGCGAUUGCGGACGCCCCAGACCUCGCAGCUAUAGCAGCAAAGCAGAUCGAAGACGCCCAGAAAGCCGUGCAAGACAUUGAACUCAGUCAAUCUCACUGA